GUGCCUGGUGAAAUUAGUUUAGCAGCUAUAUCACAAUUUCUUUUUUGGAGUGGGUCAAUCGAAACGGAAGGCUACGCAAGAUGACACCUUAUACUUUCACGCACCUUCUUUGCUUACUGGUGUUCGUGCAGUGGUUGUUUUUAGUGGAAGGGUCUCACUUCAGACAUGCCGUCAUGAGCUUUGUUCCGACUGAUGCUGAUAACUACACGGUACGGUUUACCUUCCGUCUGGCUCUUCGAAGGUCAUUUGGGUCAUAUUACUGUGAUGAGAACACAAUUAACGUAGGAGGAAUUAUUGGAUCUGGAGGUUCUUGGAAAGCUAAGUGCAGCGAUCCUUUCAGUGCAGUGUGUUCACUGAGCUAUUAUAUAGCGGACACUCGCUUUCGUUGUACUGACUUUAGUCGCAAUGAAGACUGGUCAAUGGGGGAAAAUAACUUCACCUACACUUUUCCGUCAGGAAAUCUGGAGUGGAAUGUGAGCUACCAAAGUUGCUGUUGGAUUUCCAAUCUUGUGCGAUAUGCUAAUGCACAAUGGUCGGUAUCUACCAAAAUAAGUCUCUACAGACGAUCUGAUAGCGGCAAAAUCAACUCAUCUCCAGUCUCUAAGAGCCCAGCUAUUGUACGGUUUCAACAGGGCUGUCAGAGGUCACUUACAAUUCCAGUUGAAGAUCCAGAUGGCGAUUUUGUGAAAUGUCGUUGGGCAACUAGCGCCGAGUCUUCCAUACCAAGUGAUAGUUUUCCUUACGGUGAACUUGAUGAGAAAAACUGCAUUCUAACUUACAGAGGUGGACUUGGAGCAUCGGGCACAUAUGUAGUAACCUUAACUUUGGAAGACUUUCCAGCUGGAACCACAAACUUCAAUAACAUCAGACCAUUCAGUGCUGUGCCACUGCAGUUUCUUGUCAUAAUAGGCGUUGGGUCUGGUUCUUGCCAGGACACACCUGUUUUCACUGCUUCCACACCUCAAAAUGGUGAAUGCUCAGAGAUUCAGAUUGGGUCGGUAUACAAAGCAGUCAUUGAGGUGCGGCUUCCAAACGUUAGUAAACAUAUUGUCGAGAUAACCACAAGCUCUCCACUUGGAAUGCAACUGACACCAUUAAGCUUCCAUGGAGGCAUCUUCUUCAGGAAUGUCACAUGGUAUCCGAGUCAGAACCAAAUUGGGCAGCAGUUGUUCUGCUUUCAAGCUUUGGAUUCAGACGGAUUACAAAGUGAAUGGCGUUGUAUUACGAUCCUUGUGGGGUUAAGUAAUACACCUCAUGUUAUUUUGGGUACACGAAGGCCAAUUAGUCCCAUAAGUGAGAUUGGGACAGGACUAACAUGGUGGAGUAUUCAUUUUAACAGAGUGAUAAAGAAGCCUAGAAGCUCAGCAUUCAUCCGAUUGGUUCUGCAGUCAAAUGGUUUUACCGUCUUCAAAGUGAAUGCCCUCUCUGGUUACGUUAUUAUCGACAGUAACCGCACAGUACUGCAUUUUGCCACUCCUAAGGCUGCAUUGAGCAUGAAUGGUUCAUAUGCAAUCUUGAUAGAUCCCGGUGCAGUAGUUGGGCAGGGCUGCUCGAAUGAUGGUCCGCCAACACCUGGUAUAACCUCACCCAUAGACUGGACCUUCCCCGUAGAUGGUGUCUGCCCUCUUGGUUAUGCUCUGGUUUCUCCAAGUUUUCAAAAGUGUGAGGAUAUAGACGAAUGCGGCGGACAUCAUCGAUCAAAACGUUCUUAUUGGUGGUUCAACGUGUUUUCUCAAAAUUCGGCUCUUAACUCAACUAAUAUCACACAUACACUUUCCCAGUCUAUUGCCGCGGUUACCCCGGCUAUUCCUGCUCUUCACUCAACUAAUAUCGCACCUACACCCUCCCAGUCUAUUGCCGCGGUUACCCCGGCUAUUCCUGGAAAUUGUUCCCAUCACCUCAACCAACAUAGGGGUUACUUUGAGAGUCCAGGCUAUCCAAGUUGUUACCCGAACAGCAAGUACUGCGCCUGGCUGCUCGAAGCUCCUGUUGGUCAAUACAUCGAGCUACGUUUCUAUUCUUUCCAUUUGGAAUACGGAUCUUCUAACUGCCCGUGGGAUUAUGUCGAAAUUCUUGACGGUAACUCACUGCACAGUCCUAGUCUUGUCAAGGCGUGCGGCCAGUUGGCAUGGUGGAGAUUGUACAGUAGUGGGAGGUUCCUCGUGGUGCUGUUCCAUUCGGACGGUAUCAUCGGGAUGCCUGGAUUUUCUGCUUAUUACCGAGCUUCAUAUUACAGAUACAAAAUUUCAUUACCAAGCCAACAAGUGUCAAUAACAAGUCCAGUGCAAUGUUUUCCUAUGCAGACACAAACUGCCACUCCUGUCACGUCAAAUGUGCACGGAAUCCAACCGACACGUGCUUCUGCAAUGAGAACGACCUUCUAUGCUGCUUCAAGUGUAAACGUCCAGCCAGAUCCUUCCCAGUUCCAGUUUCAUUUACCGGCACAAUGCGAACAACGUUGUCACAACACGUUAGGAAGUUACACCUGCUCUUGCGUUAGUGGAUACCAACUGGCCGCAAACGGGAAAUCGUGCUUAGACGUUGAUGAAUGUUCGAUCAAUAAUGGUGGUUGCAGCCAUCAUUGUUACAAUAUCCCUGGAUCAUUUUAUUGCGGCUGUCCGGAAGGAACCAGUAUGGGUGCUAACAAUUUGACUUGUGUUGAACCUGGUGUGUCUGUUAACUGCAGUGACAUUAUAACGGUUGCCUUAGAAAAGAAGACAUUUCCAUUUUUUGACGUUGCCCGACUACACUUGAGGUACUCCUCGUGUAAAGCCACACAGAAUGACACCCAUCUGCUGAUCAACACUCCUUUGAACGGUUGCGGAACACUGUUGAACGAGACUGAAGAUGAUCUUAUCUUCUGGAAUGAAAUUCGAACGGAGGUGAUCCUUAUCGACAAUGUCAUAACAAGAUCACAUGACGUCAAAAUUCCAUUUUAUUGUAGUUAUUCGAGAAGGAAGUGGGUCAACCUGGGUUUCAAGCCUCAGCAUCUACACUUUGGAACAGAAGCUGGGUAUGGAAACUUUACCUUUAAAAUUGACUUUUACAAGAGUUCGUCAUUUGCCACACCCUAUACUGAGCAGGACUACCCUCUGAGCGUGGCUGUCAAUCAGUACUUGUACGUGAGAUACAGUGUAGAAUCCAGUGCUGAUCUGGUGAUAAUGGCUGUGACAUGUAGGGCCACUAAAACUGGAAGCUUGUACUCCUGGCCACAAUACUCUAUUAUACUGAACGGAUGUCCGCAAGAUACCAGCAUGGAAUACAACUUUGAUCCCCAAAGGAAUUACCAGCAGUUUAAAAUCAGAGCGUUCAGGUUCUUUAACGACUACCAGCAGGUGUACAUUCACUGCGAAGUUUUGGCCUGUCAUAAAUACUCUCCAAACUCCAGGUGCACCCAAAGUUGUUUAGGCAGUAAGAAGAGAAAGCGGAGGGAUGUUACCCGUGACGAAACAGAACAUGAAGAGAGUACUACCAAAGUCACUCUUACACGAGGACCACUGAUAUUUCAACAAGACGAAGAACCAGGAGACACUGGUCAAAACAAGCAAACUGCGCUGAUUGGUGGCGUAGCAGGCGCUGGAGGAUUUGCUCUAGUUGCAGUUGCUGCAUUGGCUGUUUUAUUUGUCAAGUACCGCAUUGCACGACGGUUCAUGAACAGAAACAAGGUUGGAGACCAGUAUGCAACCCAAGAUGAACAACUGAGCAGAAGAAAUGCCUACGUUCAGCCUGAAGAUAUGGUCGAACAAGAAGGUUCCUUCUAAAUAUAAGCUUUUUUCAGGGCUCACUUGCUCAAAGGACAGAUAACGCUAUCCGACGGACAAAUCACUAUCCAGUGGAGAAGUGUGUUUAAACCGUACUGCGCUAUCCACUGGAUAGGGAUUUAUCCAGUAAGAAAGCGUUAUCCACACUUUGAACAACCGAAGCCUGCAUUGUUUACUUAUUUCCUUAUCAAGCAGCAAAUACAAAUGUAGUACAAGAAAUUUCUUUCGGCAGUUACGAGGUUUGAGUGCUUUCAUUGCAACCUCUGAUAAAAAUAAACCUUCUCAUCUAACUCCUGAGCAAUUUAGCCUCAGGCUUACGUAACUUUUUUGUUAACCUACACCUUUAAAGCGUGCAGUCUCUUACAGACUGCAGGCCUUACUUUGAAUAGAUCGCUUUCAACUAUACACAGAGAGAAUGUUUUUAAGAAUAUGUAAGCCAAAACUGUAUAGAUCUUUGAGCUGUACCUUAAUUUAAGAACCUUUCACUGUUGAAAGGUAACUUUUAGAAAGCAAACAAAAUUGAAUGGGGAAAGUUGUUUUUCACAAAGCUGAUUAUCAUUUCUCAUUUUCAAACCUGCCUUUUCAUUCGCAUUUUUGUGUUCAUUAGUUUUAGUCGCUAUAAAAUAUCGAAAAAAUUAAAUGAGUGCACUUCACA